CAGAGCCCUCUCCUCUCCAUCAGCAGCAGCAGCAUCCGCAAGGUCUCUCCUUCUCGGACCCGGGCAUGAGGUACGGCCAGCAGCCCGUCAGUGAGACCGAUUCCUCCAACAACAGCCAGCACAAUUCCAUCACAACCACCCAGACCAUCCUGCACCAAGCGUCCUCCCCGAGCCUCUGCUCCACCAGCUCAGGACCAGACACCAAGCUGAUCUCUGCUCCAGGGGGUUCGCUUCCCCCCGUCAGUACCCUGACAGCACUGCACAGCCUGGAUCCCAACUCGCACGCCCUGAGCCAUCAAACGCAGAACCUUAUCAUGGCCUCCCUCCCGGGGGUCAUGGCCAUUGGCCCUGGAGACACACCUUCGCUUGCACCAACGUUCACCAACACGGGGGCCUCCACCUUAGUCAUUGGUCUGGCUUCCACCCAAGGUCAGAGCGUCCCCAUGAUCAACAACAUGGGCAGCAGCCUCACCACCCUCCAGCCGGUCCAGUUCUCCCAGCAGCUGCACCCGUCCUACCAGCAGCCCAUCAUGCAGCAGGUCCAGGGCCACCUUAACCAGAGCCCCUUCAUGGCCACCAUGGCCCAGAUCCAGGCGCCUCACGGACUCUAUAGCCACAAGCCAGAGGCGACCCAAUAUGCACACACCAGCCUUCUCCCUCAGACCAUGGUGAUCACAGACACGGCGAACCUCAGUACCUUGGCCAGCCUGACACCCACCAAACAGGAGAGCUGCCUUUGGGUUGUCCUGCGAUUUCCCCCCCAGAUCUUCACGUCAGACGCAGAGACUCCCACGGAAUCCGGGAUCCCAACGCCGACCAGCCAGCCUUCGGUCCACUUGCAGGGCCAGGAAGGAUCCAUCCAGUCGCACCUUCAGUCAGGACCCCGCCUCACCUCCAGCCCCGCUGUCUCCUCCGGCAGUUUGGUCCUUUACCAGAGCUCCGACUCCUCCAACGGCCACUUGCUGCCCUCUGCCCACGGCGUGAUAGAGACCUUCAUCUCCACCCACAUGGCUUCCUCCACGCAAUAACCCGGCCGGCCACUGGACGUUCGGCAGCCCUUGCCUGCAGCCCGUGGGACCUUCCCCUGCUCCUGGGCCGGAAGGCCAGGCGGUGCCCCUGGCUGCCUCCUCUGCCGGGAUUUGUGUGGCUUUCCCCCCUUCUCCCACAGGCUGUAAUUUCAAAACUCCAAGGAAAAGAUGCCCCAAGCAAGCAGGGGGCAGAGACGGAGCUUUUGCACUGCUGAGAAGACAGGAAGGGUUUGUAGUGGACAAUGUUCUUUGAUCUGGGGCUGGCUGGCUGCCAGAGGGAGGGUGGAGUAGAACAGUGAGGGGCCUCCUGCUCUUCAGGUGGGAUCCCAGAGCAAGACUCGGAAGAAGGACAAAGCAGAGUUGGAACAGGGAACAAAGAAAGGGACCACUCAUCCUCUAGGACAGGCACACACCUGGGGCACUGAGCCUUGGGAGAACUUGGACUCAACUUGGCUCUGGUUGCAGAGAUGCUCCUGGCAGGUUCUCAGCCCACAAGCGGCCCCACAGGCUGAGCCCGAAGCGGAAACUGCAAGGAGAGCAAUGCCAAAGGUCUGAACCAGGCAGUUGAUACUUCCUGGACCUUCUACAUGCUUGUGCAAUUGUGCAAGGCACCAGGAAUCUGCGCUGGCAGCAAUCAAGUGUAACAGAUGCAUUCUACAUCAUCAACAGAAUACUGCUUCAAAUUUAAAUUAAAAGACCCGCUCAUAAUAGAGUUAAGAGCCUAAGUAAAACAUGGAAACAUGUAAGUCUCACCUCCCAUUUUAGAAAUAAGCAAACCAAAUAGCUUGUCCUCAUGAUGUUUGUAAAAAUAGCAAUAAAUCCCCAAAGAGGAUGAGCAUCAUUUCUAUAAAUUGCUUAAAAA